UUAUCUUCCUCUAGCUGCCUUUCUAUUUAAAACCUUACCAUGUGAGCAAAGAGCUCAAAAAACCUCUGCAAAAAAGUCUCCUUUAGUCAUACUUUCAACACUAAGUAGCCAAACCUUAGAUACCAAAAUUUAGCAGUUUACAGGGGAAAAACAUGUAUAAGAAUCAGCUGCAAGAGCUUGCACAGAGAAGCUGUUUCAACUUACCAUCAUAUACCUGCAUCAGAGAAGGACCAGAUCAUGCUCCAAGAUUCAAAGCUUCUGUUAACUUCAAUGGUGAGUUAUUUGAGAGUCCCACUUACUGUUCCACUCUCAGACAAGCUGAACAUGCAGCUGCAGAAGUUUCACUUAAUGUCCUUUCCUCCAGACUCCCUUCAAAAUCAUUAACUGCAAAGAUUCUUGAUGAGACAGGGAUUUACAAGAACUUGCUACAAGAGACAGCACAUAGAGCUGGUCUUGAUCUGCCAAUAUACACAAGUGUGAGAUCAGGAUCUUAUCACUUCCCAGCUUUCUCUUGCACAGUGGAGCUUGCUGGGCUGAGUUUCACAGGAGAAUCAGCAAAGACAAAGAAACAAGCUGAGAAAAACGCAGCCAUUGCAGCUUGGUCCUCCUUGAGAAAAAUGUCAAGCUUGGAUUCUAAGGGAGGAAAAGAGGAAAAUGGUGAAGAGAAGGAACAAGAAGUAGUAGCAAGAGUACUUUCAAGAUUUAAACCCAAAGAGGUAAGAAGAAGAGAGACCACAAACCAAAGGAGGAGAAGAAGUCAACAAGACACAAACAAGGACUUGUCUGAGAGAUUGAGAUGGAUCAAUCUAUUAACACAUGAACCUCCACCAUCAUCAACACAGAAGCAAUACCAGAAAACCAGUUUGGUCUCACUGAUUCCCCCAACACAAAGUCAGGCAUCAAGAACAAACCUUCAACAAUACAAAGGCAAACCACCACAAGAAGAUAAGCCAGAGACUGAGAUGAUCAUCACAAAGUCAUUUCCUUUACCAAUGGCUGCUCCUUAUAAAGCCAAACUUAACGAAUCAUCGGGCGGAUAUAGUAAACAAAUCCCAUUUUCCGACAGAGGAAGGUUCGGUUUCGUCGGAGGUUGUAAUAGGCUAGCUCCAGCGGUUCAAAUCAGAUCAGUGAUUCCAGUUUACGCAGCUCCACCAUCGAAACUAAAUCCUAACCCAUCAGUAUCGUCGUCGCUUAGUGAACCCAUUUUCAUAAACUCUUGUUCUGUUCCAAAGACGCCGGGAUUGGGAGGUCAAGAGAAGAAUCCAAUUCAAAUGAAGAUUUUGGAUCAAACACAUGAUUAGUUAGGUGAAUUUGGUUUAAGGGUUGAAUCUGAAAUUAAAUCAUAUGUCAAGAGUUGUUGUUUGAUUAGAUAAUAAUAUGACUCUGUCUCUUGUUGAUUUGAUAUGUUCUUUUUUUUUUUGGUUUUUUG